AUGGAUGAUAGAGGAUUUGCCCCUAAAUUAAAUAGUGUGGAAGAUAUGGCGAAUUAUAUGCUCGAAACACAAGGUGCAAAGAAGGUUGGAAAGCUCUGGGCUCAUCGCUUUGUAAAACAAUAUUCAGAAUUAAAGAUACGUUUUAAUCGUGUCUAUAACUUUCAAAGAGCUCUUUGCGAAGAUCCAGAGCUUAUUGAAGAGUGGUUUCGAUUGGUAUCGAAUAUAAGCAAGGCAAUACAAUCAGGCAAUCGAGAAUGGGCUACAGCGAUUAUAUGUGGUAAUGGAGAGGGUGAAACUAUACCAUCAUUUUUAAUGGUACAAGGACAAUAUCACCUUUCUAAUUGGUAUACAGAGAGUGAUUUUCCUGCAGAUUGGGCUAUUAAACCUACUUCUAAUAGAUGGACGAAUAAUGAGACAGGUUUAGAAUGA